GAGCGCUCUCUGGAAUUAUAAUUAGCUCAAACACGCCACCUAUCGGUAAAGAGCAGCAGCUCUUCAGUUCAAAAAGUAUCCGCACCAUCAGUGACGACAGACACUGAGAAACUGAUGGAAAGGGAGAUGGAGUAGAAAGCGGGAGGAGGAGAGAGGGGGAAUAAAGAGGAGGGGUGGCUGAGACAUUGUGAUUUAUUUUCUUCUUCUUAUUUAAUUGGUCCUCCGGGAACCGGGGCGAGUCCUUCGUUCGCAGCUGCGCAGCUGGAGAUUCCACUAAAACACUAUUGGAAAAAGCCUAGAGUUUAUACAGUUUAGACCCCGGACACUUCUGAUAAACCACAGCAGCAGACCUGGACACGCUUUACGCAGAGACUCUCCAGAUCUCAGACGCGCAUCACUCAGUGAGAUCUGUGCGCGCAUCUCCACACUGACGCGCAACCUCUCCAUCCGCCUCACUCUUGAGAGAGCCACCGAUGAGCACGCAUCUGACAGGAGAGCAUCACAGGACAAGAGUUUCAGUCAGAGAUCACAUCGCUUUCCACAAUUUCGCUCUUGGAUGUGUGCAUGCGCGCCGCCUUCGAGAGUUUCACCUCAGCUGAAGUUGCUCGGAAGAAUGUGUUGCAAUUUUGUCUUCAUCUUCUGGAUGCAGAGACAUCGGCGCGCUCCCGCCGAGCACGCAACAAACUAAACACCUGGAACUCUAGCGUUCUGCUGAAAGUCGUGCUUUUCUAAGGGAAUUAUUUCGAAAGGCAGCGAUCUUCAGAGUGAGAAAGGUAAUGAGGGAUCGCACCUGAAGAUGGAGCUUUUCUGGAUUAUAUUUUUUUCUGUAUUCCUUCGCUACGUGCAAACGCAAGGAGUUUACGCUCCUGCGAACGCUCAGAUUGUGCAUUCUGGGCAGACAUGUGUGGUGAAGGAGGACAACAUCAGUGAAAGGAUCUACACCAUCAGAGAGGGGGACACGUUAGUUCUGCAGUGUCUGGUCAAAGGACACCCACGGCCUCAGGUGCGGUGGACCAAGACAGCAGGCAGCGCUUCCGACAAGUUCCAGGAGACGUCCAUCUUCAAUGAGACUCUACGCAUCCCCAACAUCCAGAGAGUGCAGGGCGGCCGCUACUACUGCAAAGCUGAGAACGGGGUGGGGGUGGCUGCCAUCAAGUCCAUUCGUGUAGAUGUACAGUAUCUGGAUAAGCCUGUGCUCACAGUGCACCAGACGGUGGGUGAUGUACGAGGGAACUACUAUCAGGAGAAAACAGUGUUUUUACGCUGUACGGUAAACUCUAACCCUCCUGCUCGCUUUAUCUGGAAACGAGGAAAUAAACCAAUCGAACAGAGCAAAGACAACGGAGUGGAUAUCUACGAGCCUCUGUACACACAGGGUGAGACAAAGGUGCUGAAACUGAAAAACCUCCGUCCACAAGACUUUGCUAAUUACACCUGUCAGGUGUCCGUCCGGAACGUGUGUGAUAUUGCAGACAGCUCGGUCACCUUUCGCCUUACCAACACCACCUCACCCCCUGCUUUAAAGCUGUCUGUGAAUGAGACGUACGUGGUGGACCCAGGCCAAGAUGUCACGCUGUCGUGUGAGGUAACGGCGGGCUUCCCCACACCUACGGUCAGCUGGUCACGGUACCCUGGAUCCCUCCCUCAGCGGUCCAUGAUCCGAGGUGGGUCCCUUACUCUUCGAUCCGUCACUCCCGCUGAUGCCGGCAUCUACAACUGCACAGCCUUCAAUAAUGUGGGAAACCCUGCGAGAAGAACCGUCAACCUCAUUGUGAGAACCAUGAAGAACUUAACGUUCCAGAUCACGCCAGACUCCAACAAAGACAGUGAGAGCAUACAGAUGGGUCGAGACCUCAAACUUUCCUGCCACGUUGAUGCCCAGCCUCAGGAUAAGGUGAACUACACCUGGUACAAGAACGGAGCUCUAAUCUACCCAACCGACAGCCUCAUCGUGCUACGCAGCGACCCAGACAUGCCACCCGGUACCAGCAGCCUGGAGAUCGUGGACAUGAAGUUCAGAGAUCAGGCCACCUACAGCUGUGUAGCGAACUUCCCCGGGAGCAGCGUUCCUGAACUGCGAGUGGACGUGAACAUCACGCAGAGCAGCGUCGUUCCUCCUGUUCUGAGUGUGCCAUUCGGAGGAGGUGUGGUCAAUGUCAGUGAGGGCGGGUCCGCAGAGCUUGUGUGUUUAGUCGAUGGUAAGCCCCGCCCACCCGUUCUGUGGUCCCGUGCAAACAAGGACCUGCCCAUGCCGUCGGGGGAUUGGGUGGUGGAAACACGCGAUGGACGUUUGCGGCUGACCAAUGUGACACGGGACAUGAUGGGAGCUUACCGCUGCCAAACCGCUCCUUACAACGGCCUAAACAUCAAACGCCGACAGGCUCAGGUGCAGCUCAACGUAGAAUAUCCUCCUGUUGUGGAUCCAGUCCUGCUGGAUGUCCGUUCUCAAACAUUUUCGACAGUCAAUCUCCGAUGCCUGAUUCUCAAAUCCAAUCCAAACCGAAUUGCCAGCGCCCGCUGGUAUCGCAAUGGGUUGCUCUUUCGAACCCCAACGGUGGACCCUCAAAGUGUCCCUCAGCUUCGCUUUAAACUAGACACCACUAAUAACGGCACUUACGAGUGCCGAGUGAGCAAUGGAGUCGGGACCUCAACCUGCACCUUCAUUGUGUCUGCUCAGCCGUUUAAUGCAGAGUUUUACUACGACACUCCAAACCCCAUUCGCACCUUGAAGAACAAUUAUUCCUACAUCCUACAGUGGACACAGAAUGAGCCUGGCGCUGUGGACAAAAUCAUCGGCUACUGGAUUAAUGUCCAACAGAACCGACAGACAGUUUUGUCCAAACAGAUCACCACUAAAGAGCCUGUGAAAGGUGUGUUGAUGUCCUACACACUGACAGACUUGCGUAUUCCUCUGUCAUAUGAGGUCAGCCUCACUCCCAUAACCAGCUUCGGCACCGGAAACACAGUCACGCGCAGCAUCCAGUACUCUGAGCCCUACACUUACCCAAGACCUUCAGAUCACGUGUGUGGGUUUGAGGACAUUAGGAUAUGUGGGUUCACUCAAGACCGCAGUGAUGUGUUUGACUGGACCCGACAGAAUCACCUCACACAGAACCCCAAACGGUCGGUUAAUACAGGGCCGGAUACAGACAGGAGUGGGACGAAAGAAGGUUACUACAUGUAUAUUGAGACGUCGCGGCCACGUCAGGCCGGGGAUCGAGCUCGUCUUCUCUCUCCAUUGUACAAUGUUACGGCAGCCCGAGGACCAACAGGGACCACCAGAACCCCCUACUGUGUCUCCUUCUAUUACAACAUGAACGGAAAACAUAUUGGUAGUCUCAAUGUUCUGAUGAGGGUGAAGAGCAUCGCCACUGUGGAUUCUGCCAUCUGGACUCUCUCCGGACACCAGGGGCCUGAAUGGAGGAAGGCAGAUGCUGAGAUCUAUCCGAGCGGACCAUUCCAGGUGGUGUUUGAAGGUAUCCGUGGAAGCGGCUUUGAGGGAGACAUCGCUAUCGAUGACGUUUCUGUUUCCAAGGGGAAAUGCAAACAAAAGGAUAGUGUGGACAAAACAGCAGUUCUGUCUGGGACACACCAGAGUCUUCACCUUCUUCCUAUGAUUGUCCAGCUGCUUUGCAACAUCUGUCUGACAUUCCUCCUCAGAUGAUACAGAUACCCCUCAGCACACACACCGCCAGCGUAGGACGCCCCCCUGCGGCAGCAAUAAGAACUGCCCCAACACGUGACCACCCUUCCAGCUACUGCCUCCUUCAUUUCCUCCUCUUUCUCAUUCCCUUUGUCCUAGCUUCACACCUCAAGUCUACUUUUUCUUUGGUUUUUUCAUCAUCUUUGUGGUCUCUUGUUGAGCUUAUGUUUGCUCCAUUGUUUUUUUUUUUUUUUUCAUUUCUGUCCAUAUGUCUUGACACCUUCAUCUCAGUCACCCCUGUGUAUGGAUCUGACACAUCAAAGUGUCAAUUAUUACCAAAGAUGAUGGAGGGCUUACAGGAUGAACAGAUGGCUGAAAGAGCAACACGAACAUCUUUUCCCCAAAUGAACUACUGUUUCCAGAGACUCAAGUGCAAGGAGAUGUGAUUUCCUUAAGACACUAUGAUUGCAAGGAAUAGUGUGAGCCAGAACGGAUGAGUGAAACAGGUGGUCACGAAGCUACUGAUGACCUGAAUGGACCUGUACAUGCACGUGUACAUGAUAUAUUGGAAAGUAUCAAGCUGCAGAAAGGACAAACAGACUCCAACUGUAACUUCUAGGACUACGACAAUGUGAAACUAAAGAAGCACAAAUUUAUAUCUUUUUUUUUUUUUUUGGUUCCUUUAUGUGGUAUUCCGUCAGUCUGGAUUUGCUGUACACUUCUUGUCCUUUGGCUUUCUUUAGCAGCCACUGCUUAAUUGCCGUUUAGUUUGUUAUGGGGUAUAAUUUGAUUUAGAAAACGACACAACGUGAACUUUGGACCAGAAGAGCAUCAGUUACCUCACCCUCAAUAUACAAGAACCAUAAAGCACCUGGACAACUUAUGAGAAUGAUAAUUUUUAGCUUCAGUCAAACUGUCGGGAGAGUGUUGACUCACUGGGUCAGUCGUUCUCAUUCAGCAAUAGAACCGUACCUCUGACUGCAAGGGAUAUGAUUUGGGCACACAUACUCCAACAGAUGGAUGCCUCUGGAAAGACAAACUCCACUCUUGGCUUUGAUGAUCAAGAAUGUAAUUUUGCAUAGUGUCAGAGAAAUCACAUGUACGUGCAAGCUCUUCAAGGGUUUGCUAUUGACAAAUUUCAGAUGUAUUUUAUUUUGGAAGUUUUGAGAUGGCAAUCAAACAGUGUUAAUGUAACAAGUUGAUCUAAAAGACAGUUCUCAUCCUAUAAUAAUGCUGCUUUCCACUUAAAUCAGAAAGUUGGACUUUCUAGCUUCCUACUUCCUACUUGGGAAAACUGCAAUAGAAUGCCAUUUGAAGUUGCUGUUGAAAUCCACAACUUCUGGUGAGAUGGUGGCAUCCAGUAAGAUGCACACACUUCUAAGCAAAUAAAAUACAUCAAUAGGUCAAAGUUCCUGCAUUAAAUGAUGAUAAAACAUGUUUAGCAAACAUCUGCAGAUAAAUGAUCCUCUAAGAUGAUAAUCAUCCACCUGCAGAACAAAUGCUAGCACUGUGGAGCAUCAUUUAUCCUCUAAUAUGGCUGCUAGGGACUUCUUUGGCCCUGUCCCAGAUGG